AUGUAUUAAUUAUUUACUUCAAAAAUCAGAAUAAAAUAAUCAUAAACGAGGCAAAAGUUAUCUUUAAUUUACGAAUUAGAAUUGCAUUUAAGUUAAACAGAAAAACUUGAAGGAGUGUGCGACUCCGUUCUGUCAAUUAUUAUAAAUUUAUCUUAUGCAGACUUACCAAUAUUAUUAACCGUAUUAGCACAGUCAGUAUAUUAUAUUGUUUAUGUAAACCCCCCUACUGUAUACUAAAAGUUUCCAUUAAAAUUAUCUCCUAAGACUAACGUAAAUUUCAAUCUAAAUGUAUAAUGUGGAUUUAAAGUGUAGGAUUUGGUGAAUACAGCUUUGUUCCAUACUAAUGGGCCUCCCAAUACUCUUUUUCCCAUAUAAUAACUAAAAUAAACAUCAAUAUUUGUGUUGAAAAAGUGA